UUUGACAAUGGAAAUGCAUCGAAAAUCAACGAUUUGAUAUUAUUGAGUGUUUACCCUGCGGCUGUCCCUAGUGGCUUGCUAGCUCCUGCUUUCUCUUCUCUGGGGGUGGCAGACUCGCCGAAUGCAUUAAGCCGCUCACUGAUUCGGAAUCCAGUGCACCUCAAUCAAUUGAAAUACUCUUCUCCUUUUCGAUUCCAAGCCGCCAACCAGUACUUUCAGAUUUUCCCUCUCUGCCGCGAAGAAGCCAUGGUGGUUUCCCUUUCUACUGUGAUCUCACACUCCUCCCGCAUUUUCCAUCCCAACAAUCUACUUCACCAGCACAGCGACACCUUCCAAUCUCAAUGCCGUCCCUCCCCUCUCUUGCACCGUCGCUUGCUUCCCCUUCGAAAGAGUCUUACUUCAGCUCGGGGAAGAGAAACACUAAAGAGUAGGAUACGUGCUUCGCUUACAGAUGUUUCAUUGGAUUUAUCUGUAGAGGAAAAACAGCUUCCCAAAGGAGAAACUUGGUCCGUUCAUAAAUUUGGAGGAACCUGUGUGGGAACCGCACUAAGAAUUAAAAAUGUUGCAGAUAUAAUAAUCAAUGAUGAUUCAGAAAGGAAAGUUGUUGUCGUCUCUGCUAUGUCAAAGGUGACAGAUAUGAUGUAUGACCUUAUUUACAAGGCUCAAGCACGUGACGAGUCCUAUAUAUCUGCACUAGACGCUGUUUUAGAGAAGCACAACUCUGCUGCACGUGAACUACUUGUUGGAGAUGAACUUGCUCUUUUCUUAUCAAAGUUGCACGAUGAUAUCAAUAACCUUAAGGCAAUGCUUCGUGCAAUUUACAUUGCUGGUCAUGCAACAGAAUCCUUUACAGACUUUGUAGUGGGGCAUGGGGAGUUAUGGUCUGCUCAUAUGUUGUCUUCAGUUAUUCGGAUGAAUGGGACUGACUGCAAAUGGAUGGAUGCAAGGGAAGUCCUUGUUGUAAAUCCAACUAGUUCUAAUCAAGUUGAUCCUGACUAUUUGGAAUCUGGGCGAAGACUUGAGAAAUGGUACUCUCUGAAUCCAUCUAAGGUUAUCAUUGCUACUGGAUUUAUUGCAAGUACACCUCAAAAUAUACCUACUACACUGAAGAGAGAUGGUAGUGAUUUCUCGGCAGCAAUUAUGGGUGCUCUCUUUAGGGCCCGCCAGGUCACAAUUUGGACAGAUGUUGAUGGUGUCUAUAGUGCAGAUCCCAGAAAAGUUAGUGAGGCUGUAAUUUUGAAGACAUUAUCGUAUCAAGAAGCAUGGGAAAUGUCUUAUUUUGGUGCAAAUGUUUUACAUCCCCGUACAAUCAUCCCAGUGAUGCAAUAUGACAUACCCAUUAUAAUUAGAAACAUUUUCAACCUCUCUGCCCCUGGAACAAAGAUUUGCCGUUCCUCCAUCAAUGAUGAUGAAGAUAUGCAGAACUUCAAUCAUUUUGUUAAAGGGUUUGCAACCAUUGACAACUUAGCACUUGUUAAUGUUGAGGGAACUGGAAUGGCUGGUGUUCCAGGGACAGCCAGUGCUAUUUUUUCUGCUGUAAAAGAUGUUGGAGCUAAUGUUAUCAUGAUAUCUCAGGCUAGUAGUGAGCAUUCUGUAUGCUUUGCUGUGCCUGAGAAGGAAGUAAAAGCUGUUGCUGAAGCAUUGCAAUCCAAAUUUCGUCAAGCUUUGGAUGCUGGGCGUCUAUCUCAGGUCGCAGUUGUUCCAAAUUGUAGCAUUUUGGCUGCUGUUGGCCAGAAGAUGGCAAGUACUCCUGGAGUUAGUGCUUCCCUAUUCAAUGCAUUAGCCAAGGCAAAUAUCAAUGUCCGUGCUAUUGCUCAAGGUUGUAGCGAGUACAAUAUCACUGUUGUUGUUAAGCGAGAAGAUUGUAUCAAGGCUCUUCGGGCUGUUCAUUCGAGAUUUUAUCUCUCAAGAACCACCAUAGCGAUGGGCAUUAUUGGACCUGGUUUAAUUGGGAGUGCCCUUCUUGACCAACUAAGGGAUCAGGCUGCUGUUUUGAAAGAAGAGUUUAACAUUGAUUUGCGUGUAUUGGGCAUCAUUGGUUCGAAGUCAAUGAUUCUUAGUGAUCUGGGUGUUGACUUAGCUCAAUGGAGAGAAAUUCGAGAGGAAAGAGGAGAAGCAGCUAAUUUGAAAAAAUUUGUUCAACAUGUGCAUGGAAAUCAUUUUAUACCUAACACAGUUUUAGUGGACUGCACAGCUGACUCCGUCAUUGCAAGCCAUUACCAUGACUGGUUGCGCAAAGGAAUGCAUGUAGUCACCCCCAACAAAAAGGCAAAUUCAGGACCCCUUGAUCAGUAUUUGAGGUUAAGAGCUCUUCAAAGACAAUCCUAUACUCAUUACUUCUAUGAAGCUACUGUUGGAGCUGGUCUUCCAAUCAUUGGCACUUUGCAGGGCCUCCUUGAAACUGGAGACAGAAUAUUGCAAAUUGAAGGCAUCUUCAGUGGGACUUUGAGUUACAUCUUUAAUAACUUUAAAGAUGGUCGGCUUUUUAGUGAGGUAGUUGCUGAAGCAAAGGAAGCAGGUUAUACUGAGCCAGAUCCAAGGGAUGAUCUUUCUGGAACAGAUGUUGCUAGAAAGGUUAUAAUUCUUGCACGGGAAUCUGGUUUAAAGCUGGAACUAUCUGAUAUUCCUGUCGAGAGCCUUGUACCAGAACCCCUAAGGGCUAGUGUAUCGGCUCAGGAGUUUAUGCAACAACUACCUAAAUUUGACGAAGAUAUGAUAAAGAAACAACAGGAUGCUGAUAAUGCUGGGGAAGUUUUGAGGUACGUUGGGGUGGUGGAUGUGACUAAUCAAAAAGGAGUGGUGGAGCUACGAAGAUACAAGAAGGAUCAUCCAUUUGCACAAUUGUCCGGGUCGGAUAAUAUCAUUGCAUUUACAUCGAGAAGGUAUAAUAAGCAGCCUCUGAUAGUUCGGGGUCCAGGUGCUGGUGCUCAAGUCACAGCUGGUGGCGUAUUCAGUGACAUUUUACGUCUUGCCUCAUACCUUGGUGCCCCAUCAUAGGGUAGUCAUUCUGCUAGCAUUAAUUUUGAAUCCAAGUUGUACUUUUAGCCUUAGCCUUUGCUCUCCAUGUUAGCUUGUUGGAGCUUGGAGCAACGUCGUACAAUAUAUGUCUUGGCUUGUUCUUCGAAUGGAUAGGCCUUUUUCUUUUAUUAAUUUAGGCGUGCUAUGUUGAUUCCCUUGCUUCUUUAGGCAUUGACAGAUCUUGAUGGGAUUGUCUCCCUAAUUUAAAACUAAAGUAGGCAACUAGAAGCAUUUUUGUUUUGCAUUA